CAUUCGUCGCAGCAAGAGAUGCCGGGCAUUCGACAGUCGACAGUCAGGCUGAGUCCCGACGCGUAGAUCUACGCUUGUUAUGAUUGUGGUCUUGGUUCUUUGAAGUCAGAAAAAUUUCAUUUAUUUGUCAAGCAGAUCAUAGAGGACAUGAACGCGAAAACGAAAUAAUUGUUGCAACAGCAGUCGACCGUCGAUGGAUCGUUGUCGUUGAUGGAAAUACACGCACAUGUUCGAGGGCCUCAGCAUGCCCUAGGCAGAGGGCUAGGAGACCGCUAAGCAAGGGAGGCGUCGGGCACUAGCGGUGAACAGCCGGUUUGAACCAAUCAGCAACCAUGAAUGCCAGUGGUAGUGGUGGUGAUGACAAGAAGGACAAACCCAAGCCCCCUAGCCCCCUGCAGCCCUCCGGGCAGGCAGCGGAGCCAAGGCGCAUCGAACGAGAGCCAACUUCGAAGUCUCUGGCCGACCUCGACCUGGCGGAUUACGAGGCCAGACAGCUCAUGUACAAUUAUCGUGCUCAGCCUGAGAGGGCUGGCGCUGCUGGAGCGCAGCCUAGUACCACUUCAGUCAGAAGUCAGAGCUUCAACCCGGCUAGACAACAGCAAGCAAUGCUGGGAGCAAGCAUACGCUCCGGAAGAGUGCCCAGGGCGAAAAGCGGCGAGCGUUCCCGCGCGCUACCGAUAGUUCGGGACUUGUCACCCGCCCGGUCGGGCUCGGCUACCGUGUUCACCUCGUGCCCGGACAUACCCGGUGCCAUUCCCGACACUGGUGCCCAGACUCCACGACAGGGGAUACGGCUUCCUGCUGGAAAGAAGCUCAUGCCCCUGGAUGCCGACGGAAGUCGAAGGAAGGGUUCGGGCAUGUCGUCUCCAGCACUAGGCUUGCCCGAUAUUUCGCAGCCUUCAAGCGAUCUGCGGAGGUCGACCACCCGGAGCCCACUGCCACCGAUACCAUCAACAACUGAGAGUCACCCGGCCAGCUUCACGAGUGGAAAGCCGGGCGCGGAGCCUUUAUCACACGUGGGACAGUCGAUACUGAGUCCGCGCUCUGCCACUCUGGCACGCAUACCCCAGCUGACGUCGUCACGUGCCGCCUCGUCCUCACCGCAGUCCAGGCAGAAGCGGCCCGUCACGUCGGAAGGUGCAGGCGUGGCGGACGAGGGAAACCUCUCCGAUCCGGGCAGCUCCAGCAGAACGCCGGUGGCCACGCUGCGCUUACAGGUGACCCGGACGAGAAGUGAGGGAGGUGGCAUGCCCCAUCCCACAGACGCGGCUGCAUCCCAGCAGGAGAGGAGUCACAGUCGGCUGUCGGACGACGCAUUUCAACCCAGCGCUGCCGAGUCCAAGUCGGCGGAAAGGCGCGGCAGUCGAGUCACUCCUUGGUUACCGGCCGCAAGCGCUGUGCGGUUACUCCGACCGGUGCGCGUGUCCGACCUACGGGAGGCAGCGCACCGAAUGAACCUCAGCCAGCGAGCCCGUGAGGCGGCGUCCAGCUCCAGCAUCGGCGGCAGGAAUGAAGUGGACACGGUCAUGACGUUCUCUACACAGAUGUCAUCGACUACUGGCGUGACGGCGGCGGCAGCUGAGCUCUCCGAUCUCGACAUCUACCUGCCCGACCACAAGCUCGGCUUAUUUGUCAGCACAUGGAACAUGAAGGGAGAUAAGGUUCCUCCGUCGGUUCUCGAUUUUUUACUCCCGCCAGGAAUGGAAGAGAUUCAAGAUGUGGUAGUGCUUGGCUCACAGGAAAGCCCCGCAGCCAGGAAGGCAUGGGAAAUCAAAAUCCAGGAGACCCUCGGACCCAGUCAUAUCCUGCUCCGCACCGUGUCACUGGGAGUACUCUACCUGAUCGUGUUUAUUCGAAGGGAGCUGCUCUGGUUUGUGACCGAUAUCGAAGAGGAUUCAUACGCCACUCGCCCCGGCACCAUGAUUAAAACCAAGGGUGCAGUGGCGCUGUCAUUGCGGAUAUUUGGCACCUCGCUGUUGUUCAUAACGUCACAUCUGACAGCUCAUCAAGCAAACAUGCAGGAUAGACACAAUGAUGUUGGUCGCAUCGCUACCGGCCUGCGGCUGACUGACGGCAAGGAAGAUAUCAAUGUGGACCAUGCUGUUCUUGCCGAGCGCUUUGACUGCGUCUUCUGGGGCGGCGAUCUCAACUAUCGUUGUAAUGUAACCUACAGCGAGGCGGUAGCACUUGUACAAAGGGACAAACUAUCGACGCUCCUUGAGCAUGACCAGUUGACAAAUGCCAUGAACACUGGUGACGUGUUUGACGGGUUCGAGGAGAUGGAGAUCACGUUUCCUCCGACGUUCAAGUUUGACGUCAACUCGGAUAUGUACGACUCGUCGACAAAGCAAAGAACUCCUUCAUGGACGGAUCGUGUGCUGUACACGUCGCGGCCGUCCACCCGUGUCGAGGGCCUGUUUUACGGUUGCUGUCAAGACGUGUAUUACUCGGAUCACAGACCGGUGUUUGCCCUGUUUCGCGUUACAAUCCGACCGCCUGCUUGUGAUUAUUUGAAAAUGAGUACAUGUCCUACAAUCGGACAGUUCAACCGUAGUGUCUAUACUGAAGGUAACACAAGACGUCUGGCAAGGCUAACGGCGGCAAGCAAAGGCAGAACGGAUUCUGAAAGUACUGUAUGCACAAUUCUUUGAUGGCCAAAGGGCCAUUAACGGCAAAUAGCGGCAAUCCGAUGAACCCCGCAGUUGCCCGCGGCUUAUCAUUCCGUGCUAUCUAGCGUCCGUCGACCAGCCCGUACCUCAGGACGGAUGUGCAGUGCCCUCGUCUUUGUGGACAGCAUGGCUAACGCUCCUUGUACACUCCUGUCUAUAUCUACCGUGCACACUUUCUGUCAGGUCAGUCCGAAUCUAAACACCUGCACUUGAUUUAUUUACCCGCCGUGCGUUCAUAGAAAGCUACGGAAGUUGGUAUGCCAGUGGACCUCCAAGUUGGAGUGCAAUACCACAGUGCCAUGUGGGUAUCCACUGGCACUGGAGCUGGCCAAGAACCCUGCAGUGCUGCACACUGAACGCCGAGCUAUCCCCUCGGUUCUUUGUCGUGCUCACUCGCGUGUAUUGUCGUUUCUGUCUUGUGCACGCGCGGCGCUCGACUUUGGCCACAUGUGCGCAGGUGCGUGUGCAAAGCAGAAAGGACAUCAUCACAUGUUUGAAGUAAACAGGGUGGAUGAAGUUCCGAAAGCACUAGUGAGUCCACACCUCGUCCCGUCAUCGAACGCACACAGUGCUUGCUAUCAAGGUAUCGCUGAGUGCCCAAUGCUCGUACUCUUCUAAAUCCAAUUUCUGAUCAGAUCUAUUACACCAUCCACAAAGUAUCACAUUUCACGCUUAACACAUACCAGAUUAACGUAUCAGAGACAUUACCUACAGGCGCCCGAUGGUGUUGUAUUUAUAACGUUUUCGUGAAGGCAACCUUUGUCUAUUUAUUAGCACUGAUCAUGGUCUGCUCAGUGCUCUAGCACAAAACAAUUCUUUCGCUUGUCAGUUUUGUUGUAAGGGUCGGAAUGUGUAGCAAUUGCAAAACUACCUCUUCCUUCAUACUAUUAUUUGUUUGGUGCAGCGUACAUUGGCGUGCGUUGCUCAUCGCAUGCCGGCAGUUGAAAAGUUUGUUCGUUAUGGAGAUGAAACUUAACCAUCAGAACAACAGAA